CGAUCAGUCCUUUACCCCAAAACCCUAGAGCCCGUUUAUUGCUUCCCUCCCAGUUCCCAUCCCACCAAUACCACAAAUGGCCUCUGCCGCCGCCCGCCCCCUCGUCACUGUUCAAGCCCUCGAGGGCGAUAUGGCCACUGACGCUGCGGUCACGGUAGCAUUGCCUGACGUAAUGAAGUCUUCGAUCAGGCCCGACAUCGUGAACUUCGUUCACGCAAACAUCUCCAAGAACAGCCGGCAGCCUUACGCUGUCUCCAAGCGCGCUGGCCACCAGACCUCGGCCGAGUCCUGGGGUACCGGCCGUGCCGUCUCCCGUAUCCCCCGUGUUCCUGGUGGCGGUACCCAUCGCGCCGGCCAGGGAGCUUUUGGGAACAUGUGCCGUGGCGGACGCAUGUUUGCUCCGACCAAGAUCUGGCGCCGCUGGCACCGUAGGAUCAACGUGAACCAGAAGAGGUACGCGGUGGUCUCCGCCAUCGCGGCCACAGCCAUCCCUUCUCUGGUUAUGGCUCGUGGUCACAAGGUCGAGACAGUGCCUGAGCUGCCUCUCGUCAUCGGCGACUCUGCUGAGAGCGUCGAGAAGACCUCAGCUGCUAUCAAGGUUCUGAAGCAGAUCGGAGCCUAUGCUGAUACUGAGAAGUCGAAGGACAGCAUUGGGAUCAGGCCGGGGAAAGGUAAAAUGAGGAACCGCCGAUACAUUAAUCGCAAGGGACCUCUGAUUGUGUACGGAACUGAGGGAGCCAACAUCGAGAAGGCCUUCCGGAACAUUCCAGGUGUUGAGGUGGCCAACGUUGAGCGGCUCAACCUCCUGAAGCUGGCUCCUGGUGGCCACCUCGGCAGGUUCGUCAUCUGGACGAAGUCUGCAUUCGAGAAGCUGGACUCGAUCUACGGGUCGUUCGAGAAGUCUUCUGAUAAGAAGAAGGGGUAUGUGCUGCCCAGGUCCAAGAUGGUCAAUGCUGACCUUGCCAGGAUCAUCAACUCUGAUGAGGUUCAGUCUGUGGUGAGACCCAUUAAAAAGGAGGUGAAGAGAGCAACCUUGAAGAAGAACCCAUUGAAGAACCUCUACACCAUGCUGAGGCUGAACCCUUAUGCAAAGACUGCGAGGAGGAUGUCUCUCUUGGCCGAGGAGCAGCGUGUUAAGGCCAAGAAGGAGAAGCUUGACAAGAAGAGGAAGGCCAUCACCAAGGAGGAGGCCUCGGCAAUCAAGUCUGCUGGGAAGGCGUGGUACCAGACCAUGAUCUCAGACAGCGACUACACAGAGUUUGAGAACUUCUCGAAGUGGCUUGGCGUCUCCCAGUGAAUUGAUUAAUUAGUCUCUACUGUCAGUGUCUCGUUUAGAACUUGGCUUUUUGGUCAAUUAGUUUUCAUUUCAUGUCAUCUUAUAUCGUGCUUGAUGGAAGUUUUGGGACCUGUAAGGGUAAUUAUUUCGAGUUGUUUGGAUCUGGAAAGAGAGUUCAAUCUUAAGACGCCCUAGAAUUUGCUUCCUCUUCCCUUCUCUAUGAUGCCAUAGCUGUUUCUCGCAGAGUGCACCAAAUUAAAGGUUUUACUUGAUUUGUUCUGGCCA